ACGAUCAUAUCUGGAAUUUAGAUGUUGCUGCUGUUUAUGCACUACGUUUAUUUUUAAGUUUUAAGUGUUUUUGUUGUUGUUGUUGUUGUUGUUGUUGUUGUUGUUUGGAAGACAGAAUACAUUGUCGUGCUUUACUUUUCCAAACCACGUGCUUUACUUUUCCAAACCACGUGUUUUUAGUUCCGGUAUUUUUGGGGUUUUUUGACAUGUCCGUUACUUUCGCUAUUGUCCUCCAGAAUGUUAGAUAGUUAAUGGAAUAAACUGAGGUUUAAAUUAGAUUUAGAUAUACGAAGGAGAAAACGUACUGUAAGCUUUGUUGGUUGCUUGCUGGUGAAAUGGUGAAGGUUGUGAUCACUAUGGUGAUUGUUUUGUCCACACUGACACGUGGGAGCGUGUGUUCUGUGUCAGAAACCAUGUGGCACACUGCACAUUCAUCCUUUAAGAGUCUGGCUGAUGAUGCUCACUCAUAUCUAAUAUCACUUUUGGGUAAAAAUUCAGUCGACACUCUACUAAAGACCGUGAAAGAUGCCAUAAAAGUGACAUCACAUGCUGCUGCUCAGGCUCUGAAUGUAGUGGCUUCAUACAUUACAGAUUUUCUGGGUGCUGCUGGAAUUGAUGCCAAACUGCCUGUAAAGUACUUCACCCCUGAAGGUGUGGUCUUUGUGGUGCAGUGGGCCUUGCUGGCUGUGCUUGGAUACUGGCUGCUGUCCUUGGCAGUUUGUCUGAUUGCUGGUGUUGUAAGACGGACUUUGUUUCUGCUGAAAGUCAUCGUUGCUGUUGCCGUGUUCGGGCUGAUUGUAAGUGAUGGUGGAGCCAGUGCUGAAACCACAGCGAUGAGACUAGCUGGCCUGGUGCUUGCUUGUGUCCUGCUGGGAAUUGGACCUUCAUAUUUUAGGGGAGACGCCAAUGCCCACCUGGAGAAAAAAAUAAAGUUGCUGGAGAAACGGCUGAGAGAGGUAGAGAGGAAGAGAAAAGAAGAAUGAGAGCCACAAAAAUUCAAUAAAUGAUGUAGUUAAAGGAACAGGAAUGUUGAAUCUUUUGUUGCUGAAUUGGAUGUUAGCACAUCAUUGACUUAGGAGUGUGUUAGUCUUUUUAAGUGUUGCUCCAGACAUGAAGUGACUGACAUGUUAGAACAGCAGGAACAUAAAACGUGUAGAGUCACUCAGUAAAUAUGUUGGAAAACACUAAUUAAGGUGUGGAUGUUGUGGGGUUUGUUUUUUUUAUUGGGCAAACAUAUAUAUAUUUAUCCAGUUUCCUGUUAUAUUCAGAAACAUUGUGUAUUUGGGGUGCAUUUUUGGUCUUUAACUUAUGUUUAUUUUAUUGUGUACAUUUCCAUUUUAAAGAAUAAACAUUUGUUCUUCUAAAACACUGCAUAAUUAAAUAAGAGAUUCUACUUUUUAUCCAAAUUUUACAUGAUUUAUGAACAGGUUUCUCUUUCUGACGUGUAUUAAGAAUCUAGAAAUAUAAUUAAAUAAAUAAAUGUCCUCUUUGGUA